UGUUUUCCUUAACCUGAUUUGUCACAUUCCUGCGACAGUCAACUGCGAGCCACUUUCAGUAAACUAAAAGUACGGUUACUUUGUGAUCAGUUUAUAAGAAGAACAGUGACGGAGAGAAUCAGAUUUUGGUUAUUUCGUCAUGAAGAUGAAGGCGUUAGUGGGGUUUUUGACCCUCGUACACGUUUUCCAGCAAUCUUCAACUGUUAGCGUGUAUGAGGGGGUGAAGUCUGUCCAGCUUCCCUGCAAGUCAUCCAGGGUAACUGAGGAGACAACAGUGAUGUGGAAGCGCCACGGUUCCAAUCCCUCAACCGUCCACCAGCAUCAGCAUCACGUAUCUUAUCUUCAAAACCAGCAUUACAGCGGCCGAACAUCAAUGUCAGCUGAUGCUCUGAAAACUGGAGACCUCAGCCUCACUCUGAAAGAACCCCACCACUCUGACAGUGGUGUCUACACCUGCGAGUACAGAAAGGAAGAUCAAUUAUUCCACCAAGACCUAGUGUUACUGCAGGUCAAAGUUCCCCAGCCUCACUCAACCAUUAGCGUGUAUGAGGGGGUGAUGACUGUGCUGCUGCCCUGCCAGUCGUCUAGGUUACCAGAGGACACAAAAGUGGUGUGGAGCCGCUUAGGUUUUAAUCCCUCAGCCGUCCACCAGCAUCUUGACGAAAAUGAGCCCCUUUUUCAAAACCAGCAUUACAGCGAUCGAACAUCUAUGGCAGCUGAUGCUCUGAUAACUGGAGACCUCAACCUCAUUCUGAAAGAACCCCAACUCUCUGACAGCGGCGUCUACACCUGCCACGUCCAUCAGAAUGAAAAGGAAAUGUCAAUGGUAAUCGUGCGCCUGUAGGUUACAGAACGGCCCGUAGAACGGCCCACAUUACCUGAGGUCUUUCUUAUCGUGGCUGUUUGCCUUGCUCUGGCUGUUUGCCUUGCUCUGGCUGUUUGCCUUGCUCUGGCUGUUUGCCUUGCUCUGGCUGUAGCUGCCUUGGGUUGGCACACAACCAUCACAGUCUCUUCUGUAGUGGUGGAAGAGGGGGUGUGGUUUGUCAAGCUUCCUUACAAAACCAUAGUCCCUCUGCCUGAA